AUGAGCUCAUCAAUACAUAUACCGACCACCCAAACCGCAGCCGUCAUCGAAAACCCUGGGCCAAAUGGAACCGUUCGAAUUAACAAUUCACAUCCCGUUGAGGCUCCCGGCAAACAUGAAGUCCUUGUCAAGUUGGAAUACAGCGGCAUCUGUGGAUCAGAGGUUCGGGCGAUGCUUGGCUGGGGAAAUUACAGGCCCGUCAUAGGCCACGAAGGAGUCGGCAUAGUUGUCACAACAGGCGAGAACGUCUCGGAGUCGAUACUCGGCCAAAGGGUGGGCGUGAAAUGGCUUCACAGCGCAUGCGGCCUUUGUGCGGGAUGCAAAACCGGAUCUUCAAAUCAUUGUGCAAACCCCGUCUUUACUGGUCUUCAUGUUCAAGGAACCCUGCAACAAUAUGUAAUCGCCGACUCGCGAUACUUGACGAGAAUUCCGGAUGGCUUACGUUCAGAGUUGGCCUCUCCCUUGCUGUGUGCAGGAUUGACCAUGGCAGGCGGGAUAGGAAAACUCGAUAAUCAUAUACCUAGUGAUGGAUGGGUGGUGGUUCAAGGCUCUGGCGGUGGUCUGGGACACAUAGGAAUCCAAAUUGCCACCAAGUUGAGAGGCUACAAAGUCAUUGCAGUCGAUUCCGGUGCGUCCAAACGCGAGCUCAGUCUACAAUGCGGUGCUCAAUUCUUCAUCGACUUUGCCACUGAGAAUGUCGAAGAGAGGGUGAAAGAGAUAACCGGAGAAGGAGCUCACGCGUGUCUUAUUGUAUCGGGAGCCGAGGCCGCGUUUGAGCUUGCUCCAAAGUUGGUUCGGAACGGGGGAUUGUUGGCCAUCAUCGGCUUACCCCCGGCCACAUUCACUGUCCCCAUGACAGCCAGUUUAUUCGCAGUAAAAGCGCUCACUGUCACUGGUGUUAUGGUAGGGACUGAGCAGCAGAUGGUGGAGCUUCUGGAACAAGCUGCUGCAGGCAUCAUCAAUCCCAUGGUUCAAGUCGAAGACUUUUCAGAAACCCCAAGAAUUUUCGAGAAGCUCAAAAAUAACGAAGUGACGGGACGCAUUGUGGUGAGGAUUCCUGCGUAA